UUCAGUUUUUUGCCAUGAUGGCUUUACAGGUGUGUGUUUACUCCACCUUUCGUUUCUCUUAUUGUGUCUUUGCUUUGAGCUUCUUGGUCACUACUCUUUUUUGUCUACCUGAUACUCAUCCCAACCAAAUUGGGAGCCUAAUGGCUUUCAAAAAUGAGUUUAAUCUGUUAUGUAACAAUUCAAUAACAAACUCUUGGACGAAUGAUGCUAUAUCCUUUGAUGGGGUUUCGUUUGAUGAAAAGACGGGUGCGGUGACAGAGCUAAAACUUCGAGGUGCGUGUCUCUAUGGCACUCUUGAUGCUAAUAGUAGCCUUUUCAGCUUACACCAGCUCAGGUAUCUGGAUCUCUCUUACAACAACCUUUUCUCUUCAUUCCCCUCUGAGUUUGGCAAACUCUCCAACUUAGAGUUCUUGGAUCUUCACCAAAAUGGUUUUACCGGGGAAGUUCCAUCCUCCAUCAAUAACCUAAGUCGGCUAACCUACUUGGACCUUGCAAAUAACAAGUUCACUAGUGGUUUUCCCUAUGUAUACAAGUUAACCAAUCUUUCUUCUUUAGACCUUUCUAACAAUACAUUUGAGGGUAAAGUACCUGAAUGGUUAUGGAAUCUGCCUUCUUUGACUGCAAUGAGUCUCUCUCACAACUCCCUGAACAGUUUUGAAGGCUCUCCAAAAGCGUCUCUUAAUUCGCCACUCGUCUACUUAUUGUUGAGUUCAAACGCCUUCCAAGGAUCUUUUCCUAAUAUUUCACCAUCCAUGAGGUACAUAGUUGCAGCAAAUAACAAUUUCACAGGAGACAUACCUCUUUCAAUGUGCAAUCCAAGGAAUCUGCUAUACGUUGAUCUAUCAAACAACAGUUUUAGUGGUUCAGUUCCGAGAUGCUUGAGUGAAUCACUAGUACUGCUGAAUCUACGUCACAACAACCUUAGAAGACUUCCUGACACAUUCUCCAACAGCUCACUGAAAAUGCUUGACGUUGGACACAAUAAAAUAAGAGGAAAGCUUCCAAGGUCUCUUGCAAAUUGCACAAGCCUAGAGAUGAUAAACAUGGAGAGCAAUCGCAUAAAUGACACAUUCCUUUUCUGGAUGACCGCUUUACCAAAUCUGCAAGUCAUUGUCCUACGAUCAAACAGGUUCCACGGUCCAAUCUAUUCUCCUCAACACCAUCCUCUAUCGUUUCCAGAAUUGCGGAUAUUUGACAUAUCGCGUAACGAAUUCGACGGGAGCCUGCCACCAAAUUAUUUUGUGAACUGGAGUACAGUCUUGGUUAGAGGGCUUAAAGAUUAUGGUCGUCCAAGGUACAUUGGGGAAUUUUACUUGCUUGGGUUUCACCCUUCCAUUAUUAUGAAUUUUAAAGGAAUGAGCAUGGAGAUAGAGAAAAUCUUAACGAUUUUGGGACUCGUUGAUUUCUCGGGAAACAGACUUGGAGGACAGAUUCCAGAAUCCAUAGGUCUCUUGAAGUCAAUACAUGCGUUGAAUUUAUCGAACAACGAUUUCACAGGUCAUAUUCCAUCGUCCAUGGCCAAACUCACAGAGCUGGUGUCACUAGACUUAUCUCGAAACCAACUUUCAGGGAACAUUCCACAAGAGUUAACGAACCUCUCCUUCUUGGCGAUCCUUGACGUGUCAUAUAACAAUCUAACGGGACAAAUACCACAGGGUAGACAGUUCCUGGAGCAAAGUGACGCUUCCUUUGAAGGGAACAACAACCUUUGCGGUCCUCCUCUUGGGAAAAGUUGCUCAGAGAAAAACGGAGCACCAUCACCACAGACUCAACAACAACUAAAGCCGCCAAAGCAAGAACAUAACUUGACCUCGAAAGCCACAACGAUAGGCUAUGGGUCUGCCCUGAUCCUCCUGAUGAUGAUAUUUGGACUGAGAAUCGGACAUGUUGUUAGACUUAGGGCUUGACUGGUUCAA